AAUCUUACUAUCCACCAAAGGAAACAUACUGGCAACAAACCAUUUAAAUGUUCAGAUUGUGACUAUGCUGCUACUUCGGAAUCAGGUCUAAUCAGGCAUCAAAGGACACAUACCGGUGACAAACCAUUUAAAUGUGAAGAUUGUGACUAUAUUGCUAAUCGGAAUUCAAAUCUAACCAGGCAUCAAAGGAAACAUACUGGUGAAAAACCUUAUAAAUGUUUAGAUUGUGCCUAUGCUGCUACUUCGGAAUCAGGUCUAAUCAGGCAUCAAAGGACACAUACCGGUGACAAACCAUUUAAAUGUUUCGAUUGUGACUAUGUUGCUGAUCGGAAAUCAAAUCUAACCCAGCAUCAAAGGAAACAUACCGGUGAAAAACCUUAUGAAUGUUUAGAUUGUGACUUUGCCACUGCUAGGAAAUCAACCCUUGUUGUGCAUCAAAGGACACGUCAUACCGGUGAAAAACCAUAUAAAUGUUUAGAUUGUGCCUAUGCUGCUACUUCGAAAUCAGAUCUAAUCAGGCAUCAAAGGACACAUACCGGUGAAAAACCUUAUAAAUGUUUAGAUUGUGACUUUGCCACUGCUAGGAAAUCAACCCUUGUUGUGCAUCAAAGGACACGUCAUACCGGUGAAAAACCAUAUAAAUGUUUAGAUUGUGCCUCUGCUGCUACUUCGAAAUCAGAUCUAAUCAGGCAUCAAAGGACACAUACCGGUGAAAAACCUUAUAAAUGUUUAGAUUGUGCCUAUGCUGCUACUUCGAAAUCAGUUCUAAUCAGGCAUCAAAGGACACAUACCGGUGAGAAACCAUUUAAAUGUUUAGAUUGUGACUAUGCUUGUUCUAGGAAAGAAUGUCUAACCCAGCAUCAAAGGAAACACACUUGUGACUGACUAACCAUUGUGUCAAACCAAUUUUAUAUCUUAUUGUUUAUAAUUCUGUCUGUC